GUGGUAGCCUGCAUGACAGCUAUACUCAGUCAGAUGGAUGAUCGUCACUAUGAGACAUACAUAGAAACCUUCGCUGGAUCCUCUGAUCUGGUGGACUUCCUGAUGGAGUCCUUCAUGCUUUUCAAGGAUCUGAUUGGGAAACAUGUGUACCCCUCUGACUGGAUGGCCAUGAUCAUGGUACAGAACAGAGUGUUCCUGAGAGCUAUCAACACCUAUGCAGACACAAUGAACCAGAAGUUCCUCAAUAACGACGACUUUGAAGUACAGUUGUGGAAUAACUACUUCCACUUGGCGGUGGCGUUUAUUACCCAGGAAUCUCUGCAGCUUCAGCAUUUCUCUCCAACUAAGAGGAACAAGAUUCUCGCCAAGUAUGGUGACAUGAGAAGACUCAUUGGCUUCGCUAUACGUGACAUCUGGUACAAACUAGGCAGCCAUAAGAUCUGUUUCAUCCCUGGCAUGGUGGGUCCCAUCCUGGAGAUGACUUUGAUCCCAGAAGAAGAGCUGAGGAGGGCCACCAUCCCCAUCUUCUUCGACAUGAUCACCUGUGAAAAUGCACACUCUGGAAACUUCCAGAAGUUUGAGAAUGAGAUCAUUCUGAAGUUGGACCAUGAGGUGGAGGGUGGAGGAGGAGACGAGCGAUACAUGCAACUACUGGAGACCAUCCUGCUGGACUGUGCAGCAGAGAAGCCCCCACUGAGGCCACAGGUGCAGCACUUUGUCUCCUUGGUGAAGGGACUCCUCAUUCGUCUCCUUGACUACCGCACCGUGAUGAACGAUGACAGCCGCAACAACCGCAUGAGCUGCACCGUCAACCUUCUUAACUUUUACAAGGACAUCAAUCGUGAAGGGAUGUAUAUCAGGUACCUUUACAAGUUGAGGGACCUUCAUCUGGAGGGUGAAAACUACACGGAGGCAGCAUACACACUGCUGCUCCACUCCCGCCUGCUCAAGUGGUUGGAUGAGAUGUGCAGCCCCCAGUUUGAGUUCCACGGCUCCCAAACGCAGCGGCAGCUCAAAGAAACGCUCUACGACACCAUCAUCGACUACUUUGACAAGGGCAAGGUCAGCAUGGUUUUACAACACAACCUGCUCCUCCAUCUUGACCUCCAUUAA